AUGACGCCUGUGCAGCAGGAGGGCCGGGAGGCCCCAGGGGCUCGGGGCGGUAAUGUGGAGAACAAGGAGUGGAUUCCUGUCACCAAGUUGGGUUGGUUGGUGAAGGACAUGAAUAAGUCCUUGGAGGAAGUUUAUCUCUUCUCUCUACCCAUCAAGGAGUCUGAGAUCAUUGACUUUUUCCUGAGCACGUCCCUCAAGGACGAAGUUUUGAAGAUCAUGCUGGUACAAAAGCAAACUCGUGCUGGCCAGUGGACCAGAUUCAAGGCAUUUGUCACUGCUGGGGACCACAACAGUCACAUUGGUCUGGGUGUAAAGUGUUCCAAGGAAGUAGCCAUGGCCAUUCACGGUGCCAUCACUCUGGCCAAACUUUCCAUUGUCCCCGUGCGGAGAGGCUACUGGUGGAACAAGAGUAGGAAGCCUCACACUGUCCCUCGUAGGGUGACAGGCCAUUGUGGCUCUGUGUUGGUGAGACUAAACCCUGCCCCCAGAGGUACUGGCAUUGGGUCAGCCCCUGUACCCAAGAAGCUGCUGCUGAUGGCUGGUAUUGAUGACUGUUACACCUCUGCCAGGGGCUGCACUGCUACUCCAGGCAACUUUGCUAAGGCCACCUUUGAUGCCAUCUCCAAGACCUAUGGCUACCUAAUGCUGGACCUCUGGAAGGAAACUGUCUUCACCAAGUCUCCCUACCAGGAAUUCACUGACCUUCUUGUGAAAACUCACACCAGAGUCUCUGUUCAGAGAGCCCCAGCAGUAGCUACAACAUGUGUUUGUACAAAAUAA